UCUUCUUGUCUCUCGAUUUUCGAUUUCGAAACCCCAACCCUAGCUGCUACUAUUUAUUUAUUUUUUUUUUUUGAAUUUGAGAGUUGUAGGUAUGUUAAUUGAAGUUCUUUUUUUUUUUGCUUUUCCGUGACUGUGGAACUGGAUUGUCGGUCGAAAGUGGGAAGAUAAUCUUUGAUUAUUUGAAUUUUGUUGAAUUUAGGGCUUAUGUGGAUCUGCGAUUGCUUAUGGUUUUUUAAUAAGGAUAGGAUUUUGUUUAAAUUUUCUUAAAAUUUAGUUUACGGAGUAACUCUAGGUUUCGCAAAUACAAAGACAAUUUCUCUGUCCAAUGGGUUUGUGGGUAUGGCCGUAGGAGUGGGUUCUAUGAAAUGUGGGAGCGGAUGGUAUGUGCAGGGUGUUUGAUGAAAUGAGUGUGAGAAUUUGGAUUUAAUUUUAUAGGGUAUGUGAGUUGAUGCAAUUGUGUAUGGUUUUGAGUUGGGCCACAGUUCAUUGUGAACCGUUCUGGCAAAGUAUUUGGGGGAUGCAAAGGAUUGAAACAGAAACUUACGAGUAUAAUUGCUAAAGGAAAAGAAGAAGGGGAAGUUAUUGUGAAUAGAAGAUGAACAGCUCUUCUGCAGGACCCUCCUCAAAACCUAGAGCUGGGUCAUCUCAGCCAUCAGAUUCUUCUUUUAAACGCAAGAGAGGAGUCUUUCAAAAAGACUUACAACAUAUGAUGUAUGGUUUUGGAGAUGAUGCUAAUCCACUUCCAGAAACUGUGGCACUGUUGGAGGACAUUGUUGUGGAGUAUGUUACGGAUUUGGUGCACAAGGCCCAGGAGACUGCAUCAAAGAGGGGAAAGCUCUUAACUGAGGACUUCUUAUUUUUAAUGAGAAAGGACUUGCCAAAACUCAAUCGAUGUACAGAGCUGUUGUCUAUGAAUGAGGAGUUGAAACAAGCUAGGAAGGCUUUUGACGUAGAUGAAGAGAAGUUGGCAACAAUGGAGUAGAAUCGGAGAAGAUUAAGAACUGACAUUUUAUUUUAGCCUUGAAAUCCUGUGGUUUGAUGUCUGAGACAUACAUAUUCCAAACCAGUGGCUGUAAAAUUCCUUUUAAUAUUGUAAAAGCCAUUUUUAAAGAGA